GGUCUUUGAGGAUAUCGUCAAAUACUGCCACACCUAUCUGAAUCUGAUUCCGCUGUCCUUCGUGCUCGGUUUCUACGUCGGGAUUGUGAUGACCCGGUGGUGGAACCAGUACACCAGCAUACCGUGGCCGGAUCCGAUUGCCGUUUUCGUUAGUGCCAACAUCCACGGACAGGACGAACGAGGGCGUGUCAUGCGGCGAACGAUUAUGCGCUACGUGUGCCUCUGUCUGACAAUGGUGCUGACCAACAUAUCUCCCCGGGUGAAAAAGCGGUUUCCCACCAUUGAGCAUCUGGUGGAAGCCGGUCUGUUGACCGACAAUGAGCACAAAAUCAUGUCCGAUCUUAACACUAAAUUUCCGCGUCAUUCGAAACAUUGGCUGCCGAUCGUGUGGGCUGCCAGUAUCGUAACCAGGGCGCGAAAAGAAGGACGCUGCCGGGACGAUUUUGCUGUCAAAACAAUUAUUGAUGAGCUGAACAAGUUCAGAGGUCAGUGCGGAUUGCUAAUCUCCUAUGACACGAUUAGCGUGCCCCUAGUAUACACGCAAGUGGUAACGUUGGCAGUCUACUCGUUCUUCCUGACCUCGGUUAUCGGGCAGCAAUGGGUUGAAACCAAGGAAAUCGAUUCGGGACUGGUCAACAAGAUCGAUCAGUAUUUCCCGGUCUUCACCACCUUGCAGUUCUUCUUCUACAUGGGAUGGCUCAAAGUGGCUGAAUCUCUGAUCAACCCCUUCGGAGAGGACGACGAUGACUUCGAAGUGAACUGGAUGGUAGAUCGCAACGUCCAGGUGGCGUACCUGAUCGUGGACGAAAUGCACCAUGAGCAUCCGAUCCUGGUCAAGGAUCAGUACUGGGACGAAGGAUUCCCCAUCGAGCUACCCCACACAGUGGCAUCAGCAGAGCACAAGGAGGAACCACCUCAACCAUCCACGGCCAACAUCGAAGUUACGCGGAAGAACGCUGAAGUCAUCCCGGUGGUGCCGUCAUCCAUACGAGUCGACGAAAUGGUCGGUAAAAAGGGUCAAUCUUAUGAUUAUGCAUUCCCUGAACAACAAGCUAUGCUUGACGACGAGGUUAGCGAACGAGUGCUGGAGCAGCGCCGAGAUUCUUUUUCUCGAUUUAUUUCAAAGUCACUUUUGUUUUAUGUGCGGUCUGUUGGUUGAGGAUGCCCAAAGGAAAUGACACCAUGUCCGAAUUAGAUCACUUCCAAUAGCGAAAAUUCGUAUGAUGUUUUCCAUCUAGCACCUCAACACGAACAUGUUCCAAACUUAACCACAAUCCCUCUGUAAAACGGUGGAAGGAUUAAUGUUUGUGCUAAAUAUUUUAUUCAUUUUUUACUCUUAGCUAGAGCCAAUAUCUUCUCCGAUAGAAGCAGCGCUUUGUUUAUCUGUUUUCGUUGUCACAAAACGAAACUCACAAAAUGAAAAACCGAAUUGGAUAAGUCAAAAUCUACAAGCAACUUUUUCAAGCAACAUUCCAAAAACACGAAACCUUUCGUGAUACACACAAAUCCCCCAAAGCACUCGCUUUCUAAUCUGGUAAACUCCCAAAUUCAGUCAACUCAACAUAGUUAAGCACUCGUAGCAAAUUUAACUCUAGCAAAACACUCACAAGAAACCUCAAUUAAACCAACAUGUUGAUGACGAUCGCACUCCUGAGGCAAAACUUACCUUAAAGAUGCAUUAACAAAACCUCGAAUCCAUUCGCUUUUGAAUAAUGGCUCGUAAAUUAGGAUACAACUGCUGGCAAGGUCAAUUUCUGUCUCAGUGAGUUUCGAAACAAAUCUUUUUAACGGCACGAUACCCCAGAAACACAGUAACUUCUGCACGAAUGAUCGAUAACAGAUACACCAGAAACACAAAUUUUUGGUAACACAAGAAUGCUUUCGAAGUGAAUCACCUCUGAUCGAGCCUUCGGCUGCAUCCAACUGUAACAAACUUAAAAAAAAAAAAUCCGUAUGGUUGAAGGGUUAUAAACGUGAAUAAUCUUAACGGUGUGGCUCGUGGAAUAAUUUAAAUAAAUUUUCUGUAUAGUUAACUUUAAUAAUUGAAUCUGGAAGAAACGGUAGGUAUAUAUAAACAAAAAAAAAGACAAAUGAAUGCAGUAACCAACUUCUAACAUUUUUGUGGUUACCAAGAGAUAUUUUGAAGCAAAAUAGCACCCACAAUAUUGUUCGUAGCUUGUAAUAUUUGACACAUUUCAUUUCAACGGGACUGUUUGUCCUAAAGUAUGAAAAAUGACCUUAAAAAAAAUUUUUUUUGAUAAUUGAUUUGAAAAAUUAAAAUUUUAUAGUUGAUGUAGAAUCAUCGAAAUCAUAUGAAUGAUUUUCCCGUUUCUUAAACCUGUUACCUAAUCAUUUUCUAUUUUGAAAUGUUCGUUUGUAGAUAACGUUAGUGAACGAUAGUACUGAUAGAAUUUUGUAUUUUUAUGUCCAUAUUUGAGGCAUUGUUAGAACAUGUGUGAUUAUUUUUUGGCUAAAUUAGCAGUGGCAUUUUGUUCGUAUUCUACUCAAAUUGUUUCUUUUUUCAGGCUGAAAAUUAAAGCUAACCCAGAACUCGAUUUAACAGUUUCAUAAUAAAAUAAGAUUCUUUCUAUCAUA